AUGAGUGAUCAAGAGUUGUUUUUGUUGAGAGUGUCUCUGUUCCAGGCGGAGAUGGGAUCCCAAUGUUCUCUCUCACAUCUCAGACAACAACAGCAGCUGCCGAAACAGAGAACCCUAACAAACACCCAUGCGGGAAGUGUGGGCGGGGGGACACUUCCCUGCAGAUUGAGUAGAAUCAGUAGCAAUUCUAACCAGGGCACCAGGUGCAAAGGAGGGGCGAUGGGAGGGGGAGGAGAUGAAAGAGAGCAGCAGCAGAAAUACAUAUCCCCGAAAGCAGAAGAGAGCCAGCACAGUCCAGGUCCAGACACUCACUCCCACACCCAUUCAAACAAUCCAAACAGCCAUAACAGCAACAAAAUUCCCCAAUCGACAUCAAGCAACCACCCCACCAAUGAGAGUCAGAGUCAGAAUCAGAACCCCCACCCCCACCCCCACUCCCACAGACCCCCACCGCCUAAAAACAACAACAACAACAACAAAAACAGCAGCAGUUGCCAAUCAGGGGGGACAGUGGAGCUGGUGGCGAAUGGAAGUGUCCCCACUGGAACAGCCACCCCUACUUCCGAACUCCCCCAUCCUCCUCCUAAUCAACCCCACCAUCAGUAUGCAAACAACACUCCGGGUCAGUACCUGGACUGGAUCCAUUUCCAAUACUGA